GGCGUGACUCUGUUACACGGCGCACGUAUCGGAUACUUCCAGGGUGACAUUCGGGCUUUGAUGGACGACCUCACAACUUUGAAGCCCACCAUAUUCCCCGUCGUUCCUCGUUUGCUGAACCGCAUGUAUGAUAAGAUCUACGGACAGGCCAACGGUCGUCUGAAGAGAUGGGUUUUGGAGUUUGCGUUCAGGAGGAAAGAGGCAGAAAUGAUGAGGGGAAUCAUGAGAAGAGACAGUGUGUGGGACAAAAUCAUCUUCAAGAAAGUCCAGGCCAGUGUUGGAGGUCGCGUUCGGCUGAUGCUCACUGGAGCUGCACCCAUUUCAGCACCUGUUCUCACCUUCCUAAGAGCUGCACUGGGCUGUCAGUUUUAUGAAGGUUACGGACAGACAGAAUGCACUGCGGGCAGCACAGUUACAGUACCAGGAGACUGGACAGCAGGUCAUGUUGGCGCUCCUCUACCCUGUAAUGACAUCAAGCUAGUGGAUGUGGGAGAGAUGAACUACUAUGCCUCUAACGGAGAGGGAGAGGUGUGUGUGCGGGGUCCUAAUGUUUUUAAGGGUUAUCUGAAGGAUCCAGAGAAGACACAGGAAGCUCUUGAUAAAGAUGGCUGGGCUCAUACAGGAGACAUCGGCAGGUGGCUGCCGAAUGGCUCUCUGAAGAUCGUGGACCGUAAGAAGCACAUUUUUAAGCUGGCUCAGGGAGAAUACAUCGCUCCUGAGAAGAUUGAGAACAUUUACAUCAGGAGUGAAGCUGUAGCUCAGACUUUCGUUCAUGGAGACAGUCUACAGGCGUGUCUGGUUGCCAUCAUAGUUCCUGACCCAGACUUCCUCCCCGCCUGGGCCAAGAAGAGGGGUAUAGAGGGGACCUAUGAAGAACUGUGUAAAAAUAAGAAUGUAAAGAAUGCCAUUUUGGAGGACAUUUUAAAAUUGGGUAAAGAAAGUGGACUCAAGUCUUUUGAACAGGUCAAGGACAUUGUUCUGUACACUCAGAUGUUCUCCAUCCAAAACGGCCUCCUGACACCCACCUUCAAAGCCAAACGUGCUGAACUUAGGAACCACUUUAGGGCACAAAUCGAUGAACUUUACUCCACCAUCAAAAUGUAAACACAUUAUUUCAGAUCUGGAUUUUCUGACUGAACUUCAAGAUCAGGACACUCACCCAAAGACUUCUAAAGAGCUUGUUGUCAACUGACUUGGCAUCAGUUUUUGUGCCUUCCAUAUCUUUUAGAAAAGCAUUAUACAGUAUAGCGUAGAUCAGUUCUGUUACUUGAAAGUUAAUUUCUCGGUUAUAAUGAGCUUUAAAUAUUCCGCCUCAGGGAGAAUGUGUUGCCUUUGAAAGCAUAGUUGUCCCAAAAAUAAUCCCAUCCCAGAUGUGUAUGACUUUGUCUUCUGCUGAACACAAACGAAG